AAACCAAAUACAUCAAACUAAACCUUAGAAACGAGUCAACUAUAAAAAAAAUGAUAUGCAUAAACAUAAGCUGCGGAAAAAUAAACGUGUGUGGACGGUGAAGAGAGAUUCAUGAUUCAUAUUUUGCCACCUUUAAUAUAAUCUACUUUUCUUAAGUUCUUCUCUCUAUAUAUAUAAAACACAAUUCUAAGCCAGCUAUAUUAUUAUUUACAUUAAAAAACCGACACAACUAUAGAAACAAUUUCUCACUGUUCCACUUCCUCAAACAGAGCAAAACAACCUUAGAAGAAGGAAAAAAAAACCUCAAAGAAACCAUUGAUUAAUGGCUCUAACAAAUGAAAUCAUGGGUUCAUCAUUUAUACAAAGAUCAUUAUUUCCUUCUUCAUCACAAAUUUUUCAACAGAAAAAUGGAAGAUUUUUAAUCAGUCCUGUUUUUGUUCCUUUUGGAAACAAAAAAGUUUUGAAAUUAAGAAAAUCUGCUAUGUUUCCUGUUGCAGCUAUAAGUGAAGAUUUGAUGAAAGGCUCUUCAUCUUCUUCAUCUUCAUCUUCAUCUUCUUCUUCUGUUCCUUCUGAGAAACCAGUGAAAUUCAAAGUUAGAGCUGUUGUUACAGUGAGGAACAAGAUCAAAGAAGAUUUCAAAGAGACUUUUGUGAAACAUCUUGAUUCUUUGACUGAUAGAAUUGGAAGAAAUGUUGUUCUUGAACUUUUUAGUACUGAGAUUGAUCCAAAAACAAAAGGCCCAAAGAAGAGUAAUGAAGCUGUGCUUAAGGAUUGGUCAAAGAAGACUAAUGUUAAGGCAGAGAGAGUUAGUUACACAGCUGAAUUUACAGUUGAUUCAAAUUUUGGAGAACCAGGUGCUAUUACUAUGAUAAAUAAUCAUCAACAAGAAUUUUUUUUGGAAAGUAUAACCAUUGAAGGUUUUGCUACUGGAGCAUUUCAUUUUCCUUGCAAUUCUUGGGUUCAAGCUAGAAAAGAUCUUCCUGGAAAAAGAAUUUUCUUUUCUAAUAAGGCUUAUUUACCCGAUGAUACACCUGCUGGGAUUAAAAUUUUGAGGGAGAAAGAUUUGAAAAAUCUUAGAGGUGAUGGAAGAGGAGUUAGAAAAUUAUCUGAUAGAAUUUAUGAUUAUGAUAUAUACAAUGAUUUGGGAAAUCCAGAUAAAGGACUUGAUCUUGUUAGACCAACUCUUGGAGCUUCUAAAAUGUAUCCAUACCCAAGACGGUGUCGUACUGGCCGUGGACCAAGUGAUACAGAUAUUACUUGUGAGAGUAGAAUAGAGAAGCCACUUCCUAUGUAUAUACCAAGAGAUGAAAGAUUUGAGGAAUCUAAAAAGAACACAUUUUCAGUGAAGAGGCUUAAAGGAGUGCUACAUAACUUGCUCCCUGGCCUUAAAUCAAGUCUUUCUGCUCACAAUCAAGACUUCAAUGAAUUCUCAGAUGUUGAUGGCCUUUAUAGUGUAGGGCUACUCAUUAAGUUGGGUUUGCAAGAUGAUGUUUUGAAGAAACUCCCAUUGCCUAAAAUUGUUAGCAAGAUUCAAGAAUCCAGCCAGGGUAUUCUUAAGUAUGACAUUCCCAAGAUUAUAUCAAAGGACAAAUUUGCUUGGUUGAGAGAUGAUGAAUUUGCACGUCAAGCAAUAGCUGGAGUUAAUCCUGUUACCAUUGAGAGGCUUACAGUUUUUCCACCAGUUAGUAAAUUAGAUCCUGAAAUUUAUGGUUCACAAGAGUCUGCCCUUAAAGAAGAACACAUUGUACAUCAACUUAAUGGCAUGACUGUCCAAGAGGCAAUAGAUGAAAAUAAGCUGUAUAUAAUUGAUUAUCAUGACAUCUAUCUUCCAUUUUUGGAAAGGAUCAAUGCUUUGGAUGGUAGAAAAUCAUAUGCAACAAGAACCAUAUAUUUCUUGACACCACUUGGUACUCUAAAGCCAGUUGCUAUAGAACUUAGCUUACCUCCAUCUGGACCAAACACCCCAUCAAAACGUGUAGUUACACCUGCUUUAGAUGCAACUACUAAUUGGACUUGGAUGCUUGCAAAAGCUCAUGUUUGCUCCAAUGAUGCUGGUGUGCACCAACUUGCUCACCAUUGGCUACGCACACAUGCUUCCAUGGAACCAUUUAUAUUGUCUGCUCAUAGGCAAUUAAGUGCAAUGCAUCCAAUUUUCAAGUUAUUGGAUCCACACAUGAGGUACACUUUGGAGAUCAAUGCUUUAGCUCGCCAGAGCUUGAUCAAUGCAGACGGUGUCAUCGAGUCUUGCUUCACUCCUGGUCGCUAUGCAAUGGAGAUUAGUUCAGCUGCUUACAAAACCUCUUGGCGUUUUGACAAAGAAAGCCUCCCUCAAGAUCUCAUCCGCAGGGGAAUGGCUGUUCCUGAUCAAACGCAACCACAUGGCCUAAAGCUAACAAUGAAAGAUUACCCUUAUGCAGAAGAUGGUCUUCUAAUUUGGUCAGCAAUCGAAAAUUGGGUCCAAAAAUAUGUGAGCUAUUAUUAUCCAAAUCCAAGCCUAAUAAUCAAUGAUAGAGAGUUACAAGCUUGGUACUCGGAAUCAAUCAAUGUAGGCCAUGCUGAUUUAAAGGACGAAACAUGGUGGCCGAAAUUGUAUGACAGUGACAAUCUUGUCUCGGUGCUAACAAUCUUAAUUUGGAAUGCAUCCGCGCAACAUGCCGCACUUAAUUUCGGUCAGUAUCCUUAUGGAGGGUAUGUGCCAAAUCGUCCACCGUUGAUGAGAAGGUUGAUACCUGAAGAAAGUGAUCCUGAAUAUGCAAGUUUCAUAUCUGAUCCACAAAAGUAUUUCCUCAAUGCAUUGCCUAGUUUGUUGCAAGCUUCAAAAUAUAUGGCUGUUGUUGAUACUCUUUCCACUCAUUCGGCUGACGAAGAGUAUUUAGGUGAGAGGCAACAUCCUUCGACUUGGAACGGUGAUGCUGAGAUUGUCGAAGCUUUUCAUGAAUUUUCUGCUGAAAUUGGAAAGAUUGAGAAGGUGAUUGAUAGUAGGAACAGUGAUAGGAAUUUGAGGAACCGUUGUGGUGCUGGUGUUUUGCCUUAUGAAUUGCUUGCUCCUAGUUCUGAACCUGGUGUUACAUGCAGAGGGGUUCCAAAUAGUGUGUCCGUAUAAGAAAAUGUUAGAAAGUAAAUAAAUGAGUCACAUAUAAAUCACAUUUUGCUAAAGCAUUAUGGUUGGUUGGUUUAUUUAGUAGUAGUUAUGGUAAGUGACUCAGUGGUACUUAUGAGGAUAAUUCACAAUUUGUACUUAGAUUUGAUAAAUAUUACUAGUAGAUAUUGGUGACUUAAUUAUGUAGUGUUGUAUAGCAUUAUAAGAUCAUUAUCAGUGUGUGAUUUGCACCAUUUUUCAGUUAUUGAUUGAAAAUAUUAGAAACCAAGUUCCC